CUGGUCUGCCCGCCCGGUUCUCCUCUUUAACUUUUCGUUGUUACUCUUACUCGUCUGUCUCUCUGUAACCCUAAUCUUCUCUUCUUGCUCCGCUGAUAUCACGGGACGGAAUGGUGUUAAAAACUCGUUAGCUCCUCUCUAUCCGACAAGCGACGGAGUGCUCAUUUCCCUUCUGCUACAGCGAAGCGGUAGAUGGUUUUCUGCUAAACCCGACGAAGUUCCAGAGAAUGAAAUCUCUCAGAGUUCUCAGAGUCUUGGCAUCGCUCGCUGGGCGACCUUCCAAUACCUUGCCGCAAAACCCAACUCACCUCGCCCGCUGUUUCACAGCUCACCCGCAACACCAAGACAGUAGUGAUAACGACGCCUUCGAUAGCAGCCACUACGCGAUUCCCGCCAUUGAUCCUGAUGCCUCUGCUACUUCUUCUUCUAAAACCCUCCUAGAACCCACCUGGGAUGUGAAGUACAGAGAGAAAGCCGAUAAAUUUAUAUUUGGGGAAGAAACCCAGAAAAGUAAGCUGAAGACAGCGCUUCACGAGGAAGAGGACGAUUUGAAGCGGAGAGUGCUGGCCAGAGCCUUGCUCGAGGCUGCACUUAAGGGAGAUGACGAAGAGGAGGAAUUGGUGAGGGAAGAAGACCAGAAGUCUCUUUCUGUCGGGAUUAUUGGUGCUCCUAAUGCUGGGAAAUCGUCCUUAACGAAUUACAUGGUGGGAACAAAGGUUUCUGCUGUGUCGCGAAAAACGAAUACCACUAUUCAUGAAGUACUGGGGGUAAUGACGGAAGGAGAUACCCAGAUCUGUUUCUUCGACACUCCUGGUCUCAUGCUAAAUAGUCGUGGGUAUGCUUACAAAGAUGUGAAGACACGGGUGGAAAAUGCUUGGAGCACAAUUGGGCUGUAUGAUGUCCUCAUAGUUAUUUUUGACGUUCACAGGCACCUGACCAGGCCCGAUUCGAGGGUGAUAAGGCUGGUUAAAAAGUUGGGAGAACAGGAAGAUGCAAAGCAGAAAAGGGUAUUAUGCAUGAAUAAGGUUGACCUAGUUGAAAAGAAGAAAGAGUUGGUACAGGUCAUAGAACAAUUCAAAGAUCUACCUGGCUACGACAGGCAGUUCCUGAUAUCCGGGCUAAAGGGUGUUGGAGUAAAAGAUCUUACACUGUAUUUGACGACACAGGCAAUUAAAAGACCCUGGGAUGAAGAUCCUCUUGAGUUGGGUGAAGAAGUGAUGAAGAACGUGUCAUUAGAAGUUGUCCGGGAAAGAUUAUUAGACCAUGUUCAUCAGGUAAAACUCUAAAUGUUCCUAAUUGACAAACAAUUGUUGUUAUUCUCCCAAGGAUUGCUUGUGCUGGGUACCACUGAAUCCAUCCUGCUUUCAUUUCAGGAAAUCCCAUAUAGCAUCGAACAUCGGUUGAUGGACUGGAAGGAACUGAGGGAUGGGUCACUCAGGAUAGAGCAGCACUUUAUCACAAACAAAUUAAGCCAGCGGAAGAUUCUCGUUGGCAAGGGUGGUUGCAAAAUAGGGAGAAUAGGUAUAGAAGCUAACGAAGAGCUGAAGUCAAUAUUCAAGAGGGAAGUGCACCUCAUCCUUAAGGUUAGGCUGAAAACUUGACGAAGAAAAGCGCUGGCAUUAUCAGGAUCUCCACGUUUCCCAAACAACCAUAUCUUUUCGGGGUUGUUCUUGUACAUACCAGAAAGUGCAGUUGGCAGCAGCAAUGCAUCUGCCACCACGACACUUCAUCAGCUCGCUUACUUUGCCUGAAUCUGUAUGAACAAAACAAGGAAGACCACUCUUAAGAGAAGCUUCGGGCUGAAUGUUAGUGGGCAAUAGAAGAGCGAGCAGCUAUCUGGUUCAGACCAUUCAGAGAAGCUAUUGAUUUUUAUCCUGAGGCUGAAGGCCUGCCUCUGUUUUGGGGUCACUAUGAUGUUGUUCUGGUUUCUACCCAUCUCAUAUUAUAAAACAUUACUGUUCUUUUUAGAAUAAUAAUAAUUAUUUGAGUGGCCGAUCUGUUCCAUAAUUAAGUUUGUUCAUCAAUGAUAAGAAACUCUUGCAGCCAA